AUGUCGUCCCUGGAUGCCACUCCUACAAAGGAAUCACAGCCACAGCCCAGUCUGCCCCUCCCCGAAGGCGUCUCCAGUCGCCUAAUCGAGACGCGCGAUCUCACGUUCCACAUUCUCGAGGCUGGCGCCACUCCCGCUCACGAUCGGCCGUUGAUCGUUCUCUUGCAUGGCUUUCCUGAGAUCGCCUACUCAUGGCGUCGGGUCUUGCCCCAGCUCGCAGCUGCGGGCUUCCACGCGGUCGCGCCAGAUCAGCGCGGUUUCGGCCGAACGACGGGCUGGGAUACGCGAGCGUAUGAGGAUGUGGAUUUGACAAGCUUUUCCAUGACAGAGCUAGUGCGCGAUAUUGUGGUUCUAGUACAUGCUUUGGGCUAUCGUUCCGUGGCAUGCGUUGCUGGCCAUGACUGCGGUGCCAUGACGGCUGCGACGUGUGCAUUGAUACGUCCGGAUUUCUUCCGUAGCGUGGUGUUGAUGAGCCACCCUUUCAAUGGCAGUCCGACCUUGCCCUUCAACACUGCUAAUGAAGGUACCUCAGAAGAACACCGUGCGGCUGCUAUAAAAGGUGGAGGCGGCGGUACGGAGGGAUCCGCAGCGGCUUCGGGGAUUCACAAAGACCUAGCCCAACAUGGCCGCAAGCACUAUAAAUGGUACUACUCGACACCACAGGCGAGUCCAGAUAUGUCCACGUUAUCUCGGGAUGAAAUGCAUCGCUUCUUGCGUGGAUAUUUUCAUCUCAAGAGCGGAUCCUGGCCAGGGAAUCAGCCGCGUCCGCUGAAGAGCUGGACUGCAGACGAACUCGUUCAGAUGCCGGGCUACUAUAUCAUGCCAGUGGAAGCUACCAUGCCAGAGACCGUGGACAGAGACAUGAAAGAUGAGCCCACACAGGGGCAGAGCUCCCACUCGUGGCUCCCAGACGAUGAACUCGCAGUUUACGCUGGUGAGUAUGUCCGCACCGGCUUCCAAGGAGGCUUGAACUGGUAUCGUGUGCGCACUGCUCCCAACGGUCGAUAUACGCGAGACUAUGACACCUUUGCCGGGAAGAAGAUCGAGUGUCCAUGCGCAUUUGUCUCUGGCAAACAGGAUUGGGGUAUUUAUCAAGAGCCCGGCGCACUUGACAAGAUGACCAGCGGUGCAGUGUGCUCUGAUUUCCGAAUCCUUCGUCUGCUUGAUGGAGUCGGUCAUUGGGUACCUCAGGAAAGCCCAAAUGAAGUUGUGCAGACCAUCCUUGACUUAAUAAGGGGACUGGGCAGGUAG